AUGACCUUUUACACAGAAACAGAGCCCUCGGGGCAAUUUGGCAUAUUGAUAUCAGCAGCUACUGUGUUAUCAAUCUUUCUCUACACAAUUUAUCGCCAGCUAUUACCCAAACCAAUUGCUGGUAUCCCGUACAAUGAAGAUGCCGCGAAAUCUUUCUUUGGCGACAUUCCUCGCCUUCAAAAGGAAUCUGGGAAUAAUACAUUUGCAUGGAUGAUAAAUCAAGCAAGCAGACACGGAAGCCCCAUCGUCCAGUUUUUCCUUGGGCCAUUCAGCAAGCCAUUUCUCCUUAUUACAGACUUCAGAGAAGGACAGGACAUCCUCAUGCGCCGUAAAGAGUUUGAUCGCUCUGAUUUCACCAUUGCCACUCUUAGCGGCGAAGCGCGCAUAUUCCAUAUAAAUUUGAAAACGGGACCAGAGUGGAAAGCUCAUCGCCGCCUUCUGCAAGACCUCAUGACGCCAAAAUUUCUUCAAGGUGUCGCAGCUCCGAAUAUUUACAAGAGCUCUACACGUCUGUUGGAACUGUGGAAAAUGAAAGCCGAAAUCGCUGCCGGAAAGCCAUUCAGUGCAGAACAAGACAUUUUCUAUGCUGCUCUGGACGCUGUUUUCGACUUUGGUUUUGGAAACGCCGUGGAAGACCGAGCUCUCAACCCCCAGAUCGAGAGAAUUUCAAAACUAAGCGUUGGAGAACUGCGAAAACUUCAAAAUGACGCCGUCGAUGAAAUUUCUAUUGCAUUUCCCACGGCAGAAAUCCACCCGGCAUUCAAAGCGACCUUGGAAUCUGUCGAGAAUGUCGCCGGGGUAGCUUCUAGUGGCUUUCCAAAACUUGCUUGGUGGUUGAUUGGCCUGAAGCCAACCGUAAGACGCAUGAGAGCAAUAAGGGAUGCGUUUCUGAAGGAGCAAAUAUUAGGAGCUGCGAAAAGAUAUGAGUGCCAUGGUGGAGGCACUAAUGAUGAUCAUGUCAAGUCUGCUAUCGAUCUAAUGGUGCAGAGAGAGGGCACAUUUGCCAAAAAAGAGGAGAGAAAGCCGGUCUUUUGGGGGGACACCAUGAGAGACGAGACUCUUGGCUUUAUCGUUGCUGGGCAUGAUACUACCAGCACAACGCUCUGUUGGGGCGUCAAAUUCUUAAGCGACAAUCCUGCAUUCCAAGACAGACUACGGGAGAGUCUCCGUACAGUCCAUGGGUUAGCCGUUACCGAGUCACGACUACCAACACAUGAUGAGAUAACUAGAGCAAGCAUUCCUUACUUGGAUGCCGUCAUCGAAGAGAUGCUUCGGCUAGCGCAUACGGCCAUCAUUCAGGAUCGAGAGUGCAAGGAAGACACCAUUGUCUUGGGUCAUCACAUCCCCAAAGGAACUACAGUCCUCAUAGCCAAUAAGGGUCCUAGCUUCACUGAGCCAGGCUUUGAAAUUGAUGAGCAGUUACGGAGUUCAUCAUGCCAGAGUGCUGCAAAGGAACGUGGAGUACGAUCUUGGAACAAUGAAGGCAUGGACCAAUUCUUCCCUGAGAGAUGGCUUGUCAAGAACGAGAAAGGCGAGGAGGUGUUCGAUGCAGCGGCAGGGCCGACGAUUCCAUUUGGUCUUGGUAUCAGAGCUUGCUUUGGACGUAAAUUGGCCUACAUGGAGCUGAAACUGUUGACGACGCUCUUGGUUUGGACAUUUGAAUUCUUGCCUUGUCCCCGCGACCUUUCAAGCUACGAUGAUAUUGAGACUUUAACUCGAAAGCCAGCGCAAUGUUUCACCAGAUUGAAAGUCAUCUGA